UCUCGGUCCACGCUGGAGCGGGCAGUCAGUCGUCGGCGUGGUUCCACACUGGAUUGGCUCUCAUGUGCGCUCUUGCAUAUACAAAUGUAGAGCAGAGCACCCACUGAUUGCGUUUUCUCAAAGGAAAAGAGGCCAGGAUGGCCAGUUGACCUGUUCUUCGUGUUCGAGCACGCCACGCUAUAUACGGAUGGGAAUUGGGAAGGGCCAAGGCAGCUUGACACUGUGCACCAGCGCCGGUGGCGAUGGCCGAGAUCACGCCGGUGGCCACCUGUGCUUUCCUCCUCGUCUUCUGCGUUUGCUGCCACCUGCCUCCUCCCGCCGCUUCCCUGUUCUUCAACUACUCCACUUUCAGCUCUCAAGACCAGAAGGACUUCAGAAUCGAAGGGGACGCCUCCUUCAGCGUCGGGUGGAUCGACGUCAGCGCCAACAAGUUCGCCGGCAUCGGCAACAGCGCGGGCCGGGUGUCCUACAACGCCCAGCCGAUGCUGCUCUGGGACAAGGCCACGGGCCAGGUGGCGAGCUUCACCACGCGUUUCUCCUUCGCCAUCGGCAUCCCCAACAUCAACAACAAGGGGAAAGGCAUGACCUUCUUCCUCGCCGGCUACCCAUCGGUUCUGCCGUACGAUUCCUACGGCUUCGACCUCGGCCUCACCAACCAGAGCACCAGCGCCUCGGCGACAGGGGACAACCGGUUCGUCGCCGUCGAGUUCGACACCUUCAACGAUACCCAGGUAUCCGAUCCCGACGCCACCUAUGACCACCUCGGCAUCGACGUCAACUCCGUCCGAUCCGUAGUAACCAAGUCCCUGCCGAGCUUCAGCCUCAUGGGGAACAUGACCGCUCUCAUACAGUACGACAACGUUUCCAGCCUUCUGUCCUUGACGCUAUGGCUCGGCGAUGGCCGAGGCCGGAAUUACAGCCUUAGCUCCAAGGUUGACCUCAAGAGCGCAUUGCCGGAGCAGGUCGCCGUCGGCUUCUCCGCCGGGACGUCCUCGUCCGUAGAGCUACAUCAGCUGAGUUCAUGGUACUUCAACUCGUCCUUGGAACCGAAGGCGGUCACCGUCGCCCCACCCUCCCCUGGCAGUGGCAGUGGCAGCCACAGUUCAGGAGUUAUAGCGGGAGCAAGUGCCGGCGCGACACUGUUCCUGGUGCUCAUCAUCGUCGCCGCAGUAAUCUUGAUAAGUCUUCGUGGGAACAAGAAGAAGAAGCGAGAGGUUGAGGAGGAAGACAUGGGCUCGGAGGACGAGGACGGCGAUCCAGCGGUGGAGAUUGAGAUGGGGAGCACGGGGCCGAGGCGAUUUCCGUACCAGGAGCUGGUGGAUGCGACGAGGAACUUUGCGGCGGAGGAGAAGCUCGGACAAGGCGGCUUUGGCGCGGUGUACCGAGGCAACCUGAGAGAGCCUCGCCUCGCCGUGGCUAUAAAGCGGUUCUCCAAGGACUCUUCGAUGCAGGGGAAGAGGGAGUACACGUCAGAGAUCAACGUGAUAAGCAAGCUGCGGCACCGGAACCUGGUGCAGCUCGUCGGCUGGUGCCACGGCCGCAACGAGCUCCUGCUCGUCUACGAGCUCAUGCCCCACCGCAGCCUGGACAUUCAUCUCCACGGCAAGGGCACCUUCUUGACAUGGCCGAUGAGGAUGAAGAUAGUAACUGGGCUGGGGUCGGCACUGCUGUACCUCCACGAGGAGUGGGAGCAAUGCGUUGUGCACCGCGACAUCAAGCCGAGCAACGUGAUGCUGGACGAGUCCUUCGGCGCCAAGCUAGGAGACUUCGGGCUGGCGAGGUUCAUCGACCACGCCGUCGGGACGCAGACGAUGACCGCCGUGUCGGGCACACCGGGCUACGUGGAUCCACAGUCCAUGAUCACCGGCAGGGCCAGCGCCGAGUCCGACGUUUACAGCUUCGGCAUCCUUCUGCUGGAGGUCGCGUGCGGAAGGAGGCCGGUGAGCCUGCUGCAUGAUCCUGCCGAGAAGAACGGACUGUUCCGGCUCGUCGAGUGGGUCUGGGACCUGUAUGGUCGGGGAGCCCUUCUCGACGGGGCCGACGAGCGGCUCGACGGCGAGUACGAUAGGGCGGAGGUGGAGCGCGUGAUGGUCGCCGGGCUCUGGUGCGCGCACCCGGACCCGAGCGCGCGGCCGUCCAUGAGAGCAGCCAUGGCCGUGCUCCAGUCCAAGGAUGCUAAUCAGCUGCCGGUGCUCCCCGCCAGUAUGCCCGUGCCCACGUACGGGCCGCUGGUGUCUUUGCCGAGCGGGCUGUCUUCGUUCAGUGUGACACAGUCGACGUCGACGUCGACGAGCGGCUACGGCACACACACGUCUACUUCAUCCGACGUUAGCACGAUCGGUUCAAAGGAUUCGUCUUCCUUACUCAAACAUCAGUACUCAUAAUUUAGUAUUUUAUUGUAGUUCUUUACAGUCGAUGAUUCAUGAUUGAAUGGGACAGCACAUGUGCCGUUGAA